AUGUCUAGCCGAACCUGCGCUCGUGGUGUGGAGCUGGUCUGGGUGAACGCAUCGCCCACGGGGCCAACUGAAAGUGAUGGAGCCAACUCGCGGGAUCACAUUGUCUUCCGGCUUCAAGUCGGUAAGACCAAGACAAUCUCUCGUUCGAGCCCCGAGACGUCAAGCGCUCCGAUCAACGAUCUGGACGACAGCCUCGAAUUUUUCGGCGCCAAAGUCGUCUCCCGCCAGCAUGCGGCGAUCGAGUGGAAGGACGACGAACCCAUCCUGAAAGACCUCGGUUCCACCCACGGCACCUUCGUUGCUGACCGAGCUGCCCUCUUCCUGGAAGAUGACUCGAUUCUCGAGACUGCCCCUGAUGCUACUAAGAAGCGAGUCGAAGGUAUUCAUGUACUUCGAUUCGGCGAGAUGAUCGAAUUUGGCAAGGAAUGCAGUCGUUCGGACAAGAUGUAUUACCCUGUCCGAUGCUAUCUUCGCCCCGCCGCGGCUUUGGCUUUGCCUCCAAACUCGCACCCAAACAGCACAACUACGACAAAAUCCGGCACCUACUGCUUCACCGACGUUGUUGAUCUGGCGAGCGAGGACGAGACCCAGAGUGACGAUGAUCCCACUGAUGACCUGGCUCAAUCUUUGACCUUUGGUGCUCAAGUCGAGCCCUUCGAGAAAUCAUCCACGAUUCUUGAUAAUAGAGAUGGCAGCGACUCAGAAAGCGGCUCGGACGAGAGUGUUGACUCGUGCAACAUUUACGGUAUUCGUUGGCACCACACUAUCGAUGAGGCUGCUUCCGAAAGGGUCGAGCUCGAUCGAGAAGCUGCUGAGGCUCGUAGCCAAGGCGACUCCUACAUGUCGUCAUAUAAGUCUGUCCUUGAGCCUGACUCCCCCGCUACCUCUGUUGGAGCUACGUCUGCGACCAUCAAUGAGGCCGACGGAAGAGCUCCACCUGCUGCACUUUCGAAGCUUCUCGUAGACGCCGUGGAGGGAUCUCCUCUGACUGCAUCUGAUGUCGAUGAGCCGUCUCCCAAGCACAAGACCGACACUGUAGAUGCUGCGGGCCGUGGCGAUGGCGAUGGCGAUGGAGAUGGAGAUGGCGUUGACGAGCGUCGCCCAGCAACUGAUCUGUCCCUUGCUCUCCAUGCGUCUGUGUCGACUAACGAGAUGCCAGAAAAAGCGAUUGAUUUUACACCACCUACUCCAGCGUCGCUUCCAGCCUCGUCCUUACCACUGCCAAACAAGAAAAGGCGUCUCACCUACCUCCGCAGAAAAGGCUAUAAGCUUCGUAUGAACAGGCCCUCUUCCCGCCAACGCCUUGUCAAGACAAUUUUGGCAAGGACUUUCUACGCAACCAGCCUACUUUCCGUCGGGUUCUUGACCGGCUCCCUUUUUACGUUCAAAAGUUUGAUGAAUGCCGCUGCCGCCAGCAACGCCGCUUCGUCCGGUAAGUAG